GGCUGUCACGUUCAAUUCCGGAGACCCCUUAAAGAUUUUCUCUCCCCCCCGCGGAGAAAUGGCCUCCAGUUCAACACACGUUUAUUGAAAAUGUUUUAGCUGCAAAAUCCCAGAGUCAUGGUGUAGGGGAUACAGCGAUGAAAACGGCGCCUGGAGCUGUCCUUUUAUACCCAAGGGCUGCAUUCAGUCCUGCAGUGUGUAAAAAGAAGCCGCAGCAGUGGUGCUUAAGCUAGUACUUCUUAGAGCUGAACCAAAGAUGAUGAUUCAAAUGGGAAACUUUGUCUACCAUACUCUCCUUAUUGAUGGAAUCACUUACCUUUGUGCCUCAGACAAUGCCUUAGAUAUUUUAACACCAUCUGCAUUUCUUAAAAAUGUUAGUGAGACUUUUCUGAAAAAUCCUUUGAUGUCACAAGAACAUUUUUCUCCUUCAAAUGCAGUUGCUGCAGAUUUUCAACAAGUAUUAGGAGAGUAUAUGAUGAAAUACAAUACAAAUCAAGUUGACAGCUCGAUAUCCACACUGAAGAGUCAAGUAACUGAUGUAAAAAAUGUUAUGACCCAAAAUAUCGAUAAAAUUUUGGAAAGAGAAGACAGAUUGAAUAUCUUCACUGAUAGAACAGAUGAUCCGCAAACAACUUGUUAUACCUACAUGUUAAGGAAAUUCAAGGAUUUCCUGGGGCCACUAGAAGCUGGAAGAGAAGGACCAUCCCUUAAAAUGUUGGCACUUUACAGACUUGUGUUCUCCAGGACUCUGAGACAGCCAAAGAAUCCCCCCAAACAAUACAGAUUCUUAGGAGGAUAUGGCGGAAACACUGCAAAAAGAUCAUAAUCAUCAGCAUGGCAAUUCUCCUUUCAAUCAUCAUCAUUCUUUUAAGUACAAACGUUAUACCGACUUGACCCUUCUCCCCAUCCCCAGCGGGUACCAAUAAAUUGUUAUAUAUAUAAUUA